AUGGAUUCGUCACAUUUUAAUGAGAUCAAUGAUAUACCUCCAAUGUCGUUUCCUAGGGAUACACCUACGAUUGGAAUAGGUAAACAAUUAAAGACUAGAAAAUUUAUUCUAAGUAAAUACACAAUAUACACGACUAAAGAUAGAAUGUACAUCGUGGGCUCAAACAAAAGGGAGACAAUGUUUAGAAUCCUGGAAAUAGAUCUUACACUUCCUGACGAUGAGUUGAAUGUUUUGGAAGAUAACGUAUUUUUUACUAGAAAUGAAAUCAUGAGUAUUUUAUCUAAAUUAGAAGAAACUGCAGAAGGUGGUAUCGAGAAAAAAUUAACUGUAUUCGGUUUGCUAGGUUUCAUACGAUUUACAACUUGUUAUUACCUAAUAACAAUCACCCAAUUUAGUCAAGUAGCAACAAUCGGAGGUCACUCGGUAUUUCAUAUUGAUGGUACAGAGAUGGUGCCUAUAUCUAACAACUACAAGAAACCUGAUAAAUAUUCCAUUGAGGCCAAACUGAUGGCAACUUUUCAAGGCCUUGACUUAACUAAAACAUUUUAUUUCAGUUACACCUAUGAUAUCACGAACACAUUACAAACAAAUAUAUUAAGAGAAAAAUUAAAGGCUGUAAAUCGUAAUGAUAUUACUAUACCGAGGGGUAUACAUGAUUUCAAUGAGAUGUAUAUAUGGAAUAUAUUUCUUCUGAAACCUAUUUUCAGUUGCAUAGAAACAGUGUAUGAUUGGUUUCAAUGUAUUAUUCACGGAUUUAUAGAUCAGGUUAGUAUAUCUCUAUUUGGUAAAAACAUCUAUAUUACUUUAAUUGCUAGAAGAUCACAUCAUUUUGCAGGCGCAAGAUUUUUAAAGAGAGGUGUUAACAAUCAAGGGUUUGUAGCUAAUGAAGUAGAAACAGAACAAAUAGUUACUGAUAUGUUAUUAACCUCGUUUCAUAAAUCUGGAUCUGGAUAUUUUGAUAGUGAUCGAUAUACGUCAUUUGUUCAACAUAGAGGUUCGAUACCUUUGUAUUGGACACAAGCUGCAUCUAAUCUAACCGCAAAACCUCCAAUCGAGAUUAAUGUAAUAGAUCCAUAUUUCUCACCUGCUGCAUUACAUUUUGAUAAAUUAUUUCAACGAUACGAUGGUGGUAUAAUUCAUAUCCUAAACUUAAUCAAAACAAAAGAAAAAAACCCUAGAGAAACUAAAUUGUUGAAGGAAUUUGAAGAAUGUGUAAACUAUUUAAACAUUUUUCUACCAGAGGAGAAAAAACUUGUUUACAAAUCAUGGGAUAUGAGCAGAGCUUCAAAACAAGAUGGUCAAGGUGUUAUUGAAUUUCUAGAAAAAUACGCAUUACAAACAGUUGAAGAAACUGGAAUUUUCCACAACACAUUUGAUUUUAAAGGUACUAGAAUUCAAGAAGGUAUUUGUCGUACGAACUGUAUUGAUUGUUUGGAUAGAACAAAUGCUGCCCAGUUUGUUAUCGGAAAGAGAGCUUUAGGUGAACAACUGAAAAGUCUUGGAGUUAUAAAUGACCCAUUCCUUGAGUAUGAUUCUGAUAUUGUAAAUAUACUAACAGAAUUAUUUCAUGAUCUCGGAGAUACAAUUGCAUUACAAUAUGGAGGGUCCCACUUAGUAAAUACGAUGGAAACAUAUAGAAAGAUUAACCAAUGGAGUUCACACUCCAGGGAUAUGAUUGAGAGUAUUAAAAGAUUCUAUAGUAACUCCUUCAUUGAUUCCCAAAGACAGGAUGCCAUCAAUUUGUUUUUAGGCCACUAUGUGUGGAAGGAGGGUUAUCCAUCAUUGUGGGAAAUGAAUACAGAUUUUUAUUUACAUAAUACUUAUACGAAUAAUGGACCCAGGAGAAGUUAUACUCAUUGGUGGAAUAACUAUCAUAUCGAAAGUUCAAGACAACUGAUUAAACAUGAGGUUAUAGACACAGACAAUGAUAUUACACUAACUAGGAUCAAACAAAAUAUUCGGGGAUACCCAGGUGCAGUUGAUAAUUAUUGGAACGAAUACUAUACUCUGAGAACAUAUACCUGGCUCGAUGAAUUAUUUGAAUUUACAAUGAAUUCAACAAGAAGAUAUCAGGAAACUAAGAAACUGGGCAACGAGUUGUCCCCAUUCGUAUCAAGGAAACAAAGUUGGUUGAAUAAACACCUAAAAACCGUUCUAGAAACAGAAGAUAAAAGUAUCAUUUCAAAUUUGUAUGUGCACAACUCCGAAAAAUCUACCAAAGAAGAUAAUUACAUUGAUAUGUAUAAUUCUAAAGAGGCAGUUCGACUAAGAAAUUCUAAUUUAUUAAACUUUACAGCUAAAUAUCUACAGGAUGUAGUCCAAUCACAGAGUGACGUUUACGAAAGUUUCGAUCAAACCUUGCAUGGUAAAAAAGGACAUCUUGCAACUAAAACUUUUAUGCAAGAUGAAAUGGAUACUCUAAAUAUCCGUCCAUGGAAUACUUCUACUGUUGCUAGUAUUCCGGAUGAUUCAACUGAAACAUUUAUAUUUUCUUCGAAGGACAUAGAACCGAGUUAUGUGAGUAGUUUGAAAACUCGAGAAUUUUUCCAGAAUGUAUCUUUCGAUAAAGAAUUUUAUCAAGGGAUGCAUGAUUCUGUCUUUUUUUCAUCUAGUGAUUAUACUCAGUAUACCGAUUUUUCUACAAUUUCUGUAGAUAAGGAUGACUUGCUACUUUACAAAGACGUUACAAACAGUCGUGAUGAAGUACUAUUAUCUGAUUAG